GUUUUCGCUGACGGACCAGAAAAUGUCAUAUUUGUAAACAGAUUCAGUGAAGCUUCAUAUUGACCCCUUUUGUUGACAUCAUCACCCAAUGUGGAGGAGGAGCAUUCUUCUUUGUUACACACAUUCAUGUGAGAGCUCUUUCCCCCCCUCACACACACAGACUCAUUUGAAGAACUGUGGCACUAUCGGCCUAUGUAAGAAAACUGUGCCAUGAGAAUUUCUGGCAAAGGCCAGACCUACUCCUCUUACUGUGCCAACCUCUAGCAUUAACUCAAUAAAAUCGUCCGCCUCUAGCUAGUUGAUUAACAGAGCUGUGUUAAAGAGGGAUUGUUGUCCUGGAAGGAGCUUCCUGCCCUCGAGGAACACCAUCCGCUCAGACUGCCUCCCUCUGAGGCUCAGACGGCAGAUGCUACGGCUGAGAGUUCCAGAGCCGCUUGGAUCCUCUCCUGCCCAGAGAACCACCCAGCCCCAUAGAGGCCUGCCCUAACAGCCUCUAGGCAGGGCCCAGCCCGAGAGCACCAUGGAGGGGCUGGAGGUGGAGGACAUUAGUCCUGCCCUGGAGGCCACUGAGGACUUCCUACACUGCCUGGAUGGAGGUGGAGGCCAAAGCCACUGCCAGGGAGGGGAGGGGUUCCGGCAUCCCAGGCAACACCACCCCAAGCUGCAGGAGAUGUCUGCAGCUCUGGGGAAGCUGAGCUCUAGCGGGGUGUGGGGCCUGCUGGCCAGGGAGCAGGGGACUGAGGUGUCCCCCCGUAACGUGGCCUGGGCUGACCAGCCCUCUGCCUUCAGCGUGCUGGGUCUGAGGCACGGGAAAAGGAGUCGUGCUCGUUCCACCAACGACCUGGCUGCCCACACCAAGGACACCAACAACACCACCUCUAACUCCUCCAACACCGCCUUUAAGAAAGGCCACAACCGCUCGCGUUCUGAUGUCAACUACCGGCCGUCCUACACAGACAACGCUAACGGCCUGCCUGCUGUGGACAAGAACACGCUGAAGAACAUGGCUCUCAACAACCAGAGAGAAGAAGCCCAUAAGGACAGCAGCAGCGGCAGUGUGGUGAAGCAGGGCUCCCUGGAGCAUCGUGAGGGUCAGAAGGGUCGUUGGAGCAUCUGCCACCUAGAGCUGACCCCCUGUGAGUUGCGUCUCUACAGCCUGGACAGCAGUGGUAACCGCCAGCUCUGCACCGCCUACUCCCUGUCCCACUGCCAGGGGGUCAGCCAGCCCCAGCCACCCCAUGACGGACGAGUCCUCCAGGCCCUCUUCUUCAACAGCUCCACCCGCCUGCAGUUACGUGCCGCCUGCCAGUGGGAGGCGCUAGACUGGAGGAGGCUGAUCUGGGAGAGAGUAUUGGCUGCCCGGCCCGCCCACAAACAAGCAGAGCCGCCUCCAGCCUUAUCCCCGUCAUCAUCCAUCUCCUCUGGAGGUCUCGACACCAGACCAGAUCCAAGUGGUCCUGCUGAGGCUGCCCCGGCCCCUCGUACCUCGCAUCUCCCCCCAGCCCGACCCACGGCCCUGCCCCUGUUCACCAAGCGCUGUGCUGAUGUCCUCAAGGCGGGUCUGCUCCACCAGCGGACUGACCUCAACAACUGGAGGGCCUUCACCUUCGUGCUGAGUCGUUCCACGCUGCAGGCCUUCCCAACCGAGGGCCGGGGGCCCGUGUCAGAGCCUGUCCUCCGCUAUCCGCUGGCCUCCUGCCUGGUCGUGCAGAGGGACGAGGCCGAAGGGGCCAGCUCCGCCCAUUUCCAGGCAGUCUUCCCCAAAGAGGUCCUCCGUCUACGGGCUGAGAGCCAACUCAAGGCCCAUGACUGGGUGGAGGCCCUACGUACAGCCGUGGGGGCCCAGAGGCCCCAGGGGGAGGAGGGUCAGGGCUCCAGCCAGGCCCAGCCGGGUGCAGUGUCGAUGGGGACGGGGGUGCUGCUGAGGACGAAGCCCUCCAGGGAGAGGAGGCAGAGGGACGCCCAGAGGGCCAAGAGACAGUCAGUCACCACCAGCUUCCUCAGUAUCCUCACCUGCCUGGCUGUGGAGAAGGGCCUGACCACCCAGAGCUUCAGGUGUGCAGGGUGUCAGAAGCCAGUGGGGUUGUCGCGGGGCAAGGCCAAGGUGUGCUGCUACAGUGGCUGGUACUACUGCCAGAGCUGUCACCAAGACAACCUGUUCCUCAUCCCUGCCCGCCUGCUGCACAACUGGGACACCAACAGACACAAGGUGUCCAAGCAGGCCAAGGAGUUCCUGGAGUUUGUGUAUGAGGAACCCCUGCUGGACGUGCAGCAGCUGAACCCGUGUCUGUAUGAACACUGUGAAAGCCUGGCUGCAGUCCUACGCCUGAGACAGCAGCUCCAGUCCCUCAGAGCAUACCUGUUCAGCUGCCGUGCUGCCGUUGCUGAGGACCUCCGUAGAAGGAUCUUCCCCAGAGAAUACCUACUGCAACACAUCCACCUUUACUCACUGGCUGACCUGCAGCAGGUGAUUGAUGGGAAGCUGGCCCCCUUUCUCUCCAAGGUGAUUAAGUUUGCCAGUUCCCACGUCUUCAGCUGCAGCCAGUGCAGAGAGAAGGGCUUCAUCUGUGAGAUGUGUCAGAACGGACAGGUCAUCUACCCCUUCCAGGAGAGCACCACCAAGAGAUGUGAUGGUUGUGGAGCGGUGUUCCAUACAGAGUGUUUUCAGAAGGCCCAGCCGUGUCCACGCUGCGUACACAGAGAGCUCCACCAUAAGACACCCUCGUCCUUCUGGAGCCCUGACGAUGAUACACCAGGCUGCUUCACACUGCCUUACCAGGACACCUGAUCACAAAUACACACACCCUGGGACGCACACACACUCCCCAUACACCCGGAGAUACACACACACAGAUUGAAACAGCGGUGCCACUCCACAGAGCUACUCUCUCCAAAGUCAAUGGAAGCAUGUGUGUUUUGUGUGUGUGUGAGCUGGCCAGGAUACACAGUGAGAGUGUUGAUGACUAAGAAAGGGUUAUGCUCUUUCACACACACCUGCUUUGUGAGCUAAGCUGACGUCACUCUCACCUGGGAGAUGGACACCAACGCAACACCCACCGGAGAGGAACUGCUCUGCCUCUUAGCCUGUCUGCUUUCUGCUGUCUUCAUUGUGCUGCACAUACACACAUAAACACAAACACAGACAAACACACACACAGACACACGCAAACAGACACAACAAAUAAAGGGAGACGGACUAUGCUGACUCAACAGCAGUGAUGCGUCCUCUUGAUGUUCUGGACACACACACACAGUCGCACACACACCACCUGAAGGUUUUACGAGGUGACCUGUCCACACAGACGUACACACACCAGGUGACCAAACAGCUGCUUAAAAGAAGAACAGCUGGUGUGUUGUCACUAUAGGCUAUAUCUACAGUGGGGAAAAAAAGUAUUUAGUCAGCCACCCAUUGUGCAUGU